AUGGGUCUACUCGUUGAUGGGGUCUGGACGGAUCAGUGGUAUGAUACGAAAAGCACUGGAGGAAGAUUUCAAAGAAGUGCAUCUCAAUUCCGCAAUUGGGUGACCCCUGACGGAUCGCCCGGGCCAACCGGUGACGGCGGUUUUGCUGCCGAAAAGGGCAGAUACCAUCUUUAUGUGUCAUAUGCUUGCCCGUGGGCGCAUAGAACCUUGAUUUUUCGCAAGCUAAAAGGUCUUGAAGAUCACAUCACCGUUUCUAUUGUGAGCCCGUUAAUGUUCGAAAAUGGAUGGCCUUUUGAUACAAGCUUUCCCGAUGCAACUUCUGAUGAGCUUUUUGGCUCCCAAUAUUUGUAUCAAGUUUAUCAACAGGCUGAUUCCAAAUACACUGGCAGAGUGACGGUGCCGAUUUUGUGGGACAAAAAGCAGAACAAAUUGGUGAGCAACGAAAGCUCGGAGAUCAUUCGAAUGCUCAAUUCAGCUUUUGAUGGUGUUGGAGCAAAACCUGGUGAUUACUAUCCAAAAGAAUUGCAAGAGAAAGUUGACGAAGUGAACAGCUGGGUUUACGAUACUGUCAAUAACGGUGUCUACAAGGCCGGAUUCGCAACUAGCCAAGAGGCUUAUGAUGAAGCGAUUGAGAAGCUUUUUGAGUCUUUAGAUCGCUUGGAGAAACUGUUAGGUGAACAACGCUAUUUAACCGGUGAUAAACUCACCGAAGCCGACAUUCGUCUGUGGACUACAUUGAUCCGCUUUGAUCCAGUCUACAUCACCCACUUUAAAUGUGAUAAAAAAAGGAUCUUGGACUACCCAAAUUUGCAUGCUUACAUGAGAGAAAUUUACCAACUACCUGGUGUCGAGGAAACUGUGAACUUCAACCACAUAAGAAGCCACUACUUCAGAUCGCAUAAAACGAUCAACCCUACAGGAGUCAUCUCUAUCGGACCCAACAUGAAACUUGAUGUUCCUCACGGAAGAGAUAAAAAA